UUAGCGCGCCGUUCCGCGAAUAGUUUUAUUUUGAUUUUAGCCCAACUUAAUUCGUUCCAUGCGACUUUUGAUUUUCGCGAGCGGUAGUGACGACGCUGUUUUUUGGACAAUUGCGCACAUACUGAAAUCGCAAGGAAAUAGUCGUUGUUGUUAUUGUUUGUUGGCCGGAGACACGCGUCGCUUUUCCGCGUGUCUUUUAUUUUUGUGGAUCAGCGGCCACCUGAAAGGCGUCAUUUGAAAAGCCAACAGCUGUGCGGCAAAAAAAAAAAAAAACAAAUAUAUGCAUAUACGUACAUAUAUAUUCAAGUGCAAAAAGCUGGCGUUGCUAAUAGAAAUAAAUAAAUAUAAAAAGGCAGAAUAAACGUGCAAAGCGUUUUGUUAGCAACAACAACAAAGAAGGCGCUCGCUGAAUAAGUCUAAUUUGAAGUGCAUUUCCUUUGUGACUGAAAAGAUCGCUCCAAACUCCAAAAAUCGAAAUCGAGCAAGGCCAUACGUAUAUAUAUACUGAUAUAUACGCAUAUACACAUACAUAUAUGUCUGUGGAUUCAGCGCGCAAGCGUCGCGUCGCCAUGCAAAUGUUAAUGAAAAAUACAAACCUCUAAAGAUAGACAGCAGCUUAAAAAACAUCACAAGAUUGUCACUCAAAAUAAAACAACAUUAAAACCAACAUAUCAGCAAACAGCAACUAAAGCAGGGGUUUAAAGUCCGCUGAACUGGGAAUGUAUUCCAGCAAGGAGACAAAGAGCGCGGCAAAGGCGCAGAAGAAGACGCAAAAGGUUAACAAAAAUCGGCAGCAAGCGUUGCCAAAUGGUAUUAAAGUGAAAUCACCGCCGAAUGCAAAGAAUAUCCAAACGAAUAACAACAACAAACAAACCAACAUCAACAACAAUAAUAGCAGUAACAAUAACAACAAUAGCAGUAUAGUGCCCAAUAACAAUAGCAAGAACAAUACUUUGCCAGUUAACGUGGCCCAGAAAGCCAAGGAAAACUACGAGGCGGAGAAGAGCAUCCAGAGUCCAGCAAUGGGCGCCACCACAUUGCCGGGCUACGAGAAUGUGCCCAAAAUGGAGCGAUCCAAUAGCUUCUUACGCACCAAGCUGAAUAAACUGAUCAACCACCUGACGGGCAGCAAGGAGAAUCUGUCGAGGACCGACAGCGAUGGGGACUCCAGCCGCACACCGUACAUAUUCACCCGAAGUCGUUCGAUGAUCCAGAUGAGGCGGCCGAAUCGCCGCAGCUUCAUCGAGCCCCAGCUGGAGCAACUGAGCGAGGAGACGGAGAAAUCGGGGGAUCUCACCUCACCGGCAUCGCCGCGGAAGACAUCGGUGGUUGAUUUGCAGGUCAGUUCGCCGGUGCUCCUGCGAAGGAGCGAGCUCACCUCGUCGGUGAGGACUCCAAAACGUCGACAAUCCGCCCAGCCCUUCACAUCGACUCCUUUGGACGAGAUGCAGUCGCCGGCCCAACGGAAGGGCUCGGUGAUGUCGCUCAAUCAAACGGAACCCGCCAAUCCCCAGCUGAAUUUCCAAAAGAGACGAUCCAACACGCUGAUUGCCUCCUUCAAGAGCACCUUCAGCGGAUUCACUGGCAGUGGGAGCGGAGCCGAGAAAAAGGAGAAGAUGAAUCCCAAAUGGAGUGCUUCGUUGCAAUCCCUGCAGGCCAUCGAUAAUAUGGUUAGCUACUCCAACAUGUCCUUCAUCGACUACGACAAGUUCAAUGGCUACGAGAAGCAACUGGAGCGCCAGCAGUCGCUGAUGAGUCUGGCGGAGCAGCCGGUGCCCACCGCCACCCAGCUGCCGCUGCCUCCUUCGGCGCUGGCCCAAUCGCAUUCGCCCUCUCCGCUGGGCGACACCUCGCGCACCUCCGUCCACCUGGGCUCGUCUCUGGAUGAGUCGGUCAGGACUGUGGUGAUGCGCCGCAGGAGGAGCAAGACCUCGCUGGAGGGCAGAAGCAAGACCUCGCUGGAGGGCAGGAGCAGCAUGGCCAGCCUGAACAGUGCCUUCAAUUUGGACACCGACUACGAUCACAAUCUGGACCGCGUACACAAUGUCUACCGAGAGAGCUUGGACUCGCGAACCCUGGAGCUGCUGAAUCAGCGCACGCGGAACUCCUUCAUCCAUGACCAGGCGGUGCUCUACGAUGCCCUCAAUCUGGAGGACGGUUCGGUGGCCAUGCGGUGCGCCUUGUGUUCGAUGCGCGUUUGCAGGAGUGGAAGCAUGCGGCAGCAGCAACAGCAGCGGGAACGGGAUGCAGUGGACGGGCGAGGGAAGCCAGGAAAACAGCUGAAAUCGAAGAGUCUCACGCACUUGGAUGGCCUCGACUCGGGUGUGGUGGCCUGCCAGCACGGUCCUCCGGGAAUGGCCACCAGCACCACCGCCACCACCAGCAUCACCGCCACGACAGCCGGCGGCAUCGGCGCCACCAGCGGACUGUUCGCCACCACUGGAGCCCCAGGAUCGCUGGGCCGGCAGGCCAAUGUGACUGAAAAGGGUGAACGAGCGGGCGGUUGCCUGUCACCCUCGGCACCACAGCCCUCCUCGCACUCCCCACCGCACCACCCACCCACAAUUUACACGCAGGCACCGCAGAUCGUGCGGCGGAUGCCUUCGCUGAUGCUCUCGCCCACUCUCGACGAAACCACGACGACGGCCAGCUCGUCCUGCUUUGGUACCGGUCACCCCAGUGCCGGAUCCUUCCACCAGCACCAGCACCAGCACCAUCACCAUCAUCAGCAACCGACUGGCGGCGUCAGCACCGCCAGCGGCACCACCACCUCCACCACGUCUACUCAUGCUGUACCCUCCUCCAAACACUUUCAGUCUGCUGGCGAGGCGGCGGCCACAUCCUCGUCCUCGACGCUGAGUCCACACAGCGCCACAUCCGCGACCUUGGGCGGCGGCGGAGUUGGUGGUGGUGGCGGCGCAGGUGGUGGUGGCCUAACCUCCCCGGUCGGCUGCUCCACGUCCUCCGGUUCGACGAUGAAAAAGAAAUCCUCGUUCAUGAAGCGCAAGAAGCCACUGCUGACGCGCAGCGAGGUAUCCAGUUCCGAGUUCUUCUCCGUGUCAUUCUGCCUGGACUCGUCGCAGCAGCCAGAUGAGGAGUUCAUUCCGGCCACCAAAGGCGUGACACUACUUAACGCACUCAGCCACGCCCUGCGUAGGCGGAACCUCAGCUUUACACAAAUCACCAUUACGGACAAUAAUCCCACGCCCAGUUUUUUAGAUGCAGGUCCUUCGCUCCUGCCCGUUUCCGUGGAUGAGCAGACCGAUGUGGAGAGCCUGGCUGGACACCAUCUCUGCAUCACAGAACGAGGCAGCAACCGCAAGCCCCUGCAGAAGGCAGCUUCCUUUGGUUCCCGACAACCACCGCCCCGACUCCUGCCCUCCGUCUCCACCGAGGAGACCAGUGAGUCGGGAGUGGCGCCCGGCAAGCAGAUCAAGCAACGGUGGUCCUCCAUAUUCGGCAUCAAGAAUCCCCAGCAGAGCCAGCUGUGCGAGCUGCUGAACAGCUAUGCCAAGAACGGAGUGCCCCAGCGGGCGGACAGCAUGAACUUUGACCAUCCGGACCUGGUCAACUCACUGGCCUAUCUGCAGGGUAUGCACAAAUCGUGGCGGGAUUUUGUAAAUAGCGAUUCGAUGAGCGAGUCGGAGGUGAAGAUCCAAACGGCCAUAUGGGAGCUGGUUACCACCGAGGUGUACUACAUUCACGCCCUGCAAACAGUGACUGAUUUGUUCCUAGCCUGCUUGGAGGCCGUGCAGGAGGAGCGGCUGCUGAUCGACGUGGACCAGGCUCGACUGUUCUCCAAUGUGAGGGCUGUGUGCGAGGCGAACAUCAUGUUCUGGACACUGUGGCUCUAUCCCAUGGUGGCACACAGUGUCAUCACCCACGAGCCACUGCGAUGCGCUUUUUUUCAGGAGGGGUUCCUUUCCUUCGCCUCCAUUUUUGCGCCAUAUAAGAUCUACUGUGCGGAACAGAGCACCUGCCAGUUCUACUGCAAGGAGCUAAACCAUAACAAUGCCUUAUUCACCUCCUACUUGGCGUGGUGCGAGUCGCAGAAGAUGUGCAACCGCCUGCGACUCGCGGACAUUGUGGUGCGACCCAUGCAGCGACUGACCAAGUACAGCCUCCUCCUGGCCGCCAUCAAGAAGCACAUGAGCGACGUGGAGGAGAUCGAGGCCAUCGACGUCAUGAUGCACAGCGUGGAGAACUUUGUGGGCAGUGUGAACAACCACUUGACGAUGCGGCAGGAGAACGAGCGGCUCAAGGGCGUGAUGGUGCGGAUCGAGUCCUACGAUGUGGUGGACACCAACAACGAGAUGCUGGACAAGCUGAUCAAGCAGCACAGCCAGAUGUUUGACCUCUGUGCUCCGAUGCGCGGUUGCCCGGCCUACCAUGUGCGUCACCUGUUCAUGGAGGGCGAUCACAAGUUCAAGGACAACCUCGGCAAGUCCGAUGUGCACUGCUUCCUGCUCACGGAUCUCCUCCUGGUGUGCAAGACGAUCGCCAAGCGGGGACUGGGCGCUCUAAAGGUCAUCCGGCAGCCGUACCUGACCGACCAGCUAAUUGUUCAGCUGGCGCCGAACAAUUCACUGAACUGUGUGUACCUCAAUGAGUUCCAGGUGGCCACCACGGCGUUUACGCUGCAGUGCACCGAGGCCAAGAACUGGUACGACGCCCUGUGGCGGGCAAAGACGAUCUACCAAAGACUGAAGCGCGGAGGCGGCGGCGGCGGCAGCGGAAGUGGAACGGUGGGCGGCGGCGAUAGCUUCCGGUUUGGUGGAAGUGCCACCAGCGGCGGCACCGCCGAUUCCCUGGGCGUACGCAAGUCACCGAUGAACUCCUCCAUCUGCAGCCACGUCUCCAGUGCGAACAACAGCCACAGCGGCAGCGUCGAGUGGAACGACUCCCGCAACAUAUCCGUCGACUUUGAAAAGACAAACUCGGUGUCCAGCGACGAGGGCUCCAGCAUAAUGACAGGCAACCACGGAGUGAACCUGAAGGGCAAGCAGCAAUUGAUCAGUGGUCUGCACAAGACCAAGAUGGGCAUUAUCGGCCAGAUGGGCUCCAAGUCGGCUAACACGCUCUCCGUGCAGCCAAUGAACCAUCUGGGCCAGAGCCUGCCCAACCUGAACAUGCAUCACAGCCACACUAACAAUACUCUGCUCGUGCCCGGCUCCACGACGAGCCACUCGGGCAACAUGUUGUUGUCGCCCAGCCACCGCGGCAUUUCCUAUCCGCCACCGAGCCCAACGAGAGUUCCCCUGCGCCGUGGCAUGGCCUUCUCCACGUCGACGAAGAACCCGCCGCUGCGCAAGACCCGCAACAUAACCUCCCAGAACAGUAUUAACUGGCACCAGAUCCCGGCCACGCCCACGCCGCCCAGCCCAAGAUCGCAGUACCAGUCGCCGGGAGUGGUGUGCAUGCAGAAAUCGCUGCCCCUGCUGCUGCCGACAAGCACGGAUGAGGGUCAAGGGCCCACCCAGCCACCGCCGCCGCUGCAAAAGCAGCUCUCCCACCAGGCGCCUCUGCCCACCACCAUUCACAACCAGUCGAGCACCGAAACGGACGUCUGAUGAGGACGACUUGGCAGGAGCACGAAUCCGCGGAAUGUACUUACCCAUAGAUCCGUCACAAACUAUCCAGAUAAACUACACGUACAUACAAGAUACAUUUAGAAAGUCGCCUUUGAUUUCCGGCUCGCACUAGCACAAUUAUUUAUUUUAACCAUCUAGAGUCAGAUCUACCGAUGGUUAGUAUUCAGAUUAGUUUAAUCAUUAACAGCGCACAUAAAAGUAGAGAAAGAUAUUGAAUAAACAGGAAACGAUAAUGAGUGAGAAUCCUAGGCGACUUUCUAGAUAUUCAAUUAGGAUUUCGUGAGCUUGAUACGUGAAAACUGCACCUUUGGGUCCAAAGCUGAUAUUGAACUUUUAUACAUUCCAUAACUGACUAAGUGCCCAGCCUUGGCGAGAUUACAUUUCAGAACACAACGCUCCGCACAUUCGCCAUUUUAAUCUUCCCAUAACGAUAUGAAGACAAAUAAAGUUAAACGAAACUAAAGUUAGACGUACUUGUUACCAUAGAAUACGCAUAGUGCGAAUGCCAUAUAUAGCGAAACAUACCUAGCUCGAUCACACAAGCUUUAUGAAUAACUUACUACUGUACUAUUGAUGUAAGUCGUUACUUUCCUUGAGUAGUUAAAACAAAUGUUACGGUCAAAAUAAAACAGAAUAUACAGAAUAUUUAAACACAUCUUACUGGCUGCCCAUUGUUGUCUGCAUGUAAUAUAGACCACGCUAUUCUAAUUUAAAAUGUUACAAAAAAAUAUAUUCUUUCCAUAAUGAGUUUAUGUCUUUCUGCUGGUUCAGACCUACUCUAGUUAAAAUAUAAAUAAUUUGAUAUAAUACAAAUGGUUUUCCUUAGUUCUUUGGAUAGGAAACUAGAGUAGUUUGAAAUUAUUGUAACGAAAAAGUUUGUAUACCAAUAUAUAGAGUAUUAGCCGAUCUUCGGUCAAAAGAUGCAUAGAUUAUAUUGCUUACUUUAGUAGCAAGAUUAAGUAUCCUGUAGUCUUCUUCCACAAAAUGCAAGUGGUGAAAGCUGAUGAACACAAUUUAACACGAUUUAUUGAAGUAAGACAGCAUGGAUUUCCAAAUCUGGAUUAUUAUCCGUCGGUUAAGCUACAUGGAUAUGGGUGAUACUGCUUUAUUUGAGUUUGCGAACAACUUAGGAUUAGCUCUGAAACCUAAAAUCCUCGUUGACUAGCGUUACUAAAUCAAAAUAAUAGUUCUUCGAUUCUUUGAUAUCCUUUUCCGAAUCACUUUAUAAACUUUACAACUGUGAGAUCAAAAAGAAUAUCCUUCGAGCUAAGAUACCGUAACAUAUUGCAAAGUAAACUAAGAUACAUAUAUUGUUCUUCCUUCGGAAUCAGUUUUGAUUUAAGGGACUACACCACAGUGAGGCUUUGGAUUUGGCCAAACGAUUUGUACAUAUUAGCCCAAUGGGAAAGCGUGACAUAAGUUCUAAAUUACAUAUAGGGAGACAAACGAGUACAUAUACAUACACACACCACUUAUGUAUAAGGGACUAUAUUUAUAUAAAUGUAUAUGGUACAAUGUGGAGGACGAACUGCAUCUGCAUUGGAGGCACAAGAGUUACAAUAUACAACCGCAAUACAAAAAAGUGUUAACCGUAUUUUUAUGUACGAUUACUUACCAAUAUUUAGGGCUGCGUAGAGCUGAGAUCGUAUUUUAGCCACAUUAACCCGCAACGAGAUACAUUCGUGUACAAAUAUCUUAUCUUCUCCUCGGAUUCAUCCAAGGGGCAUACGCAUACAUAAUAUAUAUAGUACGUGGUACUUAGAAGUUGAACUUAUAUGUUAUUGCAACUAUAUCUACUUGCAAUUUAUUUACAAAGGAAUAAAACCAAAUACAACAACAAAAACAAAGAGUAAAGUGCAAGAAAGCUUUAUUUACACGCUUGAACAAUAAAUAUCAAAAUUAUUUGUAAUGUAAACAACCAAA